AUGGUAAAGAAGGCUGCUAAAUCAAGUGCCCCAGCUGCUCCAAAGACAAAUGAUGAGGAUAUACUGGUCAAUUACUUUAGUAAGAAUAAUAGACCGUUCAGUCCACAACAGAUAGAAUUGGCAUUUCCACAAUAUGGAAAGACUAGAGUGGCCAAGAUGUUGAAGUUGUUGGCAGACAAGGGAAGCAUUGUUUCAAAGGAAAAUGGAAAGUCAUCAUUCAUUUAUUGGAUGGACCAGAAUGAGGAGAUGGACGAGUACGGUCAACCAGUGAAUGGUCCAAAGCCAACAACCGCCGAUCUAAACAAAGAGAUCUCCUCGCUCAAGACCGAGCUGGCAGAGAUGACCGAGCAACUCAAAGCCCUGCAGACAGAGGCUCGACAGCUUGAGGGCCAGCUCACAGAUGAGCAGUUGGCAAAAGAUAUCAGUGCAUUGGAUAUCGUUUCGUCUGAUCUAGACAACAAACUCAAAGCCUACAAGAGCAAGAAUGUAGUUGUUGCGCCUGAUCAAAAGAAGAAGUUGGAGGCCAAUCAUGCCAAGGCCAGAAGAGAAUGGCUGGCACGACGAAGGAUGUUCAAAGAGGUGUUGGACACCAUACUCGAGCGAUCGAGCAAGAAGAGAAAGGAUCUACAAGAGGAGAUUGGAUGGGAGACUGAUGAAGACCUCAAGAUCGAAGUUGUGGCUGAUAGAAGCAAGUCAUCGGGCGGUGUUGGUGGCGGUGGCACCAGUGGAGCACAACAAGAGUAUAAGAGACAAAAGAGAUAA